AUGUAUGGUUCCGACUAUGCCUUCAACCCAGAGCUUCAGUACAAUCACCUACUCGCUCGCCAAUCCCACCAGCAACCAUCACCUGAUGUCCAGAGCCGCUUGAGCACCAUGCUGGACUCGCAACAGGGCUUCUUUGACGACUUUGCUGGUCAGCAGAUGCAGGACCAGUCCCGCGAAGAGAGCUAUGGUGGUCCACAACGCUAUUCCAUGGGUGAAGCCUUUUCGCCCACGGCUAAUAUUCCUCCCCCCUUGAUGUCUUCGAACGACAUGGAAUCAACCGCUCCCAUACAUCAGCUUCCUCUUGAACCAAGAGAGGUGCCCUUUGCCGUUUACGAUCCCCACAACAAGUCAGUCCCCAUGUCCAACUUUGACAACAUUGGCGCUGUCCUGCGUCAUCGUGCUAGAUCCAAUGGCCGCCAGCCCGCAUAUUGGGUUCUCGAUUCCAAGGGUAAAGAGACUGCUUCUAUUACUUGGGAAAAGCUAGCCAGCAGGGCCGAAAAGGUCGCUCAAGUCAUUCGUGACAAGAGUAACUUAUACCGUGGAGAUCGUGUUGCUCUCGUCUAUCGCGACACCGAGGUCAUAGAUUUCGCCGUCGCCCUCAUGGGUUGUUUUAUUGCUGGCGUUGUCGCUGUACCAAUCAACAAUGUCGAUGACUACCAAAAGCUUGGCCUUCUUCUCACUACAACUCAGGCACAUCUCGCUUUGACUACGGAUAACAACCUCAAAGCUUUUCAUCGCGACAUUAGUCAACAGCGGUUGAAGUGGCCUUCGGGGGUCGAAUGGUGGAAGACGAACGAAUUCGGCAGCUACCACCCAAAGAAGAAGGACGAUACACCACCCCUUCAGGUUCCGGAUCUGGCCUACAUAGAAUUCUCUCGAGCCCCGACAGGUGACUUGCGUGGUGUUGUCCUGAGCCAUCGCACGAUUAUGCACCAGAUGGCUUGUGUCAGUGCCAUUGUGUCUACCAUUCCUACUAGUGACCCCGAUUCUGGAUUUAGAGCUCCUCCUGGACAAAAGGCAGAGACUAUCUUGUCAUAUCUCGACCCCAGAGAAGGUGUCGGCUUGAUCCUUGGUGUGCUUUUUGGUGUCUAUGGUGGUCAUACGACCGUUUGGCUCGAGGCCAAGACUGUUGAUACCCCCGGAAUGUAUGCGCAUUUGAUCACCAAGUAUAGGACUACUAUCAUGGUUGCCGACUAUCCAGGCUUGAAACGGACUGCGUACAAUUAUCAACAGGACCCAAUGGCUACGAGAAACUUCAAANAGAAUGCCGAACCCAACUUCUCGACAGUCAAGAUCUGUCUGAUUGACACAAUUACCGUGGACAGCGAGUUCCAUGAAAUCCUAGCAGAUCGUUGGUUUAGACCCAUGCGUAAUCCUCGUGCUAGAGAAUUGGUCGCUCCAAUGCUUUGCUUGCCUGAACAUGGAGGCAUGAUUGUAUCAGUCAGAGAUUGGCUCGGUGGUGAAGAAAGGAUGGGAUGUCCUUUGAGUAUGGACGAAUCCGAGCACGACAUCAAGGAUGACGGGUCCGCGAACCAAGGAAAUUCGAAUAACUAUUCUAGCCUGCUAGGUAGUGUCGGAGGUACCACGGCAAAGAAGGGACAGAAAAACAGCCGUAAUGAGUUGAGCGAGGUGUUGCUUGACAAGGAGGCACUCAAGACUAAUGAAAUUGUCGUCCUGGCCAUGGGCGAAGAUGCUAGGAAAAGGACUAAUGAACCUGGAACCGUAAGAGCAGGUGCCUUUGGAUACCCCAUUCCGGAUGCAACUCUUGCUCUAGUCGACCCCGAGACUGGGUUACUUUGUUCACCCUUCACGAUUGGUGAAAUCUGGGUCGACUCCCCAUCCCUUUCUGGAGGUUUCUGGGCCCUUCCUAGACAUACCGAGAGUAUCUUCCACGCCAGGCCUUACCGCUUUGUCGAGGGAAGUCCCACACCAGUCCUGGUUGAACCCGAGUUUUUGCGUACCGGUCUCCUUGGAUGUGUUAUCGAGGGCAAGGUGUAUGUGCUCGGCCUAUACGAAGACCGCAUUAGACAACGAGUGGAGUGGGUCGAAAAUGGUGUUCAGGAGCACGAGCAUCGAUACUUCUUCGUCCAGCACCUGGUCACGAGCAUCAUGAAGACUGUGCCGAAAAUCUUUGAUUGUUCUGCAUUCGAUGCACAUGUCAAUGGUGAAUACCUCCCAUUUGUGCUUCUCGAGUCUCAAGCUGCCUCCACAGCUCCAACUACCGCGGGUGGACCACCAAGGCAACUAGACAUACCUUUUCUGGACUCGCUUACUGAGCGCGUCAUGGAAGUUCUUUACCAGGAGCACCAUCUACGAGUCUACUGUGUCAUGUUGACAGCCCCAAACACAUUGCCACGUGUUGUCAAGAAUGGUAGAAGAGACAUCGGAAACAUGUUAUGCCGAAAGGACUUUGAUAAUGGAGCCCUGCAGUGUGUGUACGUCAAAUUUGGUGUCGAGAGAGCUGUCCAAAACUUACCGUUGGGCGAUGACCCUGCUGGUGGCAUCUGGUCGCCUCUGGCCUCGCAAGCGAGACAAGACCUCUUGAUGUUGCAAGACAAGCAAUACUCUGGUGUUGAUCACCGAGAGGUGGUCAUUGACGACAGAACAUCGACCCCUCUGAACCAAUUUUCCAACAUUCAUGACUUGAUGCAGUGGCGCGUUUCUCGACAGGCAGAAGAGUUGGCUUAUUGCACCAUCGACGGUCGUGGCCGCGAAGGAAAGGGUGUCAACUGGAAGAAGUUCGAUUUCAAGGUUGCAGGUGUGGCCACCUACCUCAAAAACAAGGUCAAGGUUCAGCCUGGUGACCAUUUACUACUCAUGUAUACUCACUCGGAGGAUUUCGUCUAUGCCGUACACGCUUGUUUCUGUCUGGGCGUUGUGGCUGUACCAAUGGCCCCCAUUGACUCUAACAGACUCCACGAGGAUGCGCCAGCGUUACUCCACGUCAUAGCCGAUUUCCGCAUCAAAGCUCUUAUCGUUAAUGCCGAUGUUGACUCACUUUUGAGGCAAAAGGCUGUCUCGCAGCAUCUAAAGCAGUCGGCGUUGAUCCUCAAGGUUAAUCUCCCCAACAUUUACAACACCUCAAAGCCGCCCAAACAAUCUCAUGGCUGUCGCGAUUUAGGAUAUACCAUGCGACCAGCAUGGGUAGCUCAAGGAUUCCCUGCUCUCAUUUGGACUUACUGGACGCCAGACCAGCGUAGAAUUGCUGUUCAGCUUGGCCAUGACACUAUUAUGGCAUUAUGCAAGGUGCAAAAGGAGACCUGUCAGAUGACGUCCACUCGCCCGGUCUUGGGUUGUGUGAGAUCUACCAUGGGUAUUGGCUUCUUGCACACAUGCUUGAUGGGCAUCUUCUUGGCUGCUCCUACAUACUUGGUUUCACCUGUCGACUUUGCUGCAAACCCAAGUAUCCUGUUCCAGAUACUGUCACGCUACAAGAUCAAGGACACUUAUGCAACGUCGCAAAUGCUCGAUCAUGCCAUGGCUCACAAUGCAGGAAAAUCGACCUCUCUCUUAGAGCUGAAGAACCUCAUGAUUGCUACGGACCAGAGACCACGUGCUGACGUUUACUCGAAAGUGCGUGUGGCAUUUUCUCAGUCGGCACUCGAUAGAACUGCUAUCAACACCAUAUACAGCCAUGUGCUGAAUCCCAUGGUCGCGAGCCGUAGCUACAUGUGUAUAGAACCCAUUGAGCUCUAUCUCGACACCAAUGCACUUCGUCGAGGAUUAGUGGUUCCUGUCGACCCAGAUACAGAGCCAUUCGCACUCUUGGUUCAGGAUUCAGGCAUGGUACCCGUCAGUACGCAAAUCAGUAUCGUCAACCCAGAGACGAACCGGCUAUGUCUAGCAGGCGAAUACGGCGAGAUCUGGGUACAGAGCGAAGCCUCUGCAUACUCUUUCUACGGCUCUAAAGAUGCAUUCGAUGCCGAACGCUUCAAUGGUCGAACCGUCGACGGCGAUCCUGGUGUGAGAUACAUGCGAACUGGAGACCUUGGUUUCCUACAUAGCGUCAGCAGGCCUAUCGGACCUGGUGGCAAUAUGGUCGAAAUGCAGGUUCUUUUCGUCCUUGGUGGGAUCGGCGAGACUUUUGAAGUGAACGGUCUGCAACACUUCCCCAUGGACGUUGAAGCCAGCGUAGAGAGGUGCCAUCGCGCUCUAGUCCCCGGUGGAUGGUAA